AUACUUUUCAGCAAUGCUAAGAAUCCUUUAUCAAUUUUCAUUUGCAAUUCAAAGAACAUCAAAGGACGUUUAUCUUAGAAAAACUAGUUUGUUAUUUGAGACAAAUGUCAACUCGUAGUUAUACUUUUGGAAGACCUGAUGAGGCUACACAUCCAGAUUCUCUUAGAGCUACCUUAGCUGAAUUUGCUUCCACUUUCAUCUUUGUCUUUGCUGGAGAAGGAUCUGGCCUUGCUUUAGUUAAGAUAUACCAAGAUUCAGCUUUCUCAGCUGGUGAAUUGUUGGCGGUUGCACUAGCUCAUGCUUUUGCUCUAUUUGCUGCUGUGUCUUCUAGCAUGCAUGUAUCUGGUGGACAUGUGAAUCCUGCUGUCACAUUUGGUGCUCUUUUAGGUGGCAGAAUCUCUGUCAUUCGUGCUGUUUACUAUUGGGUUGCUCAACUUUUAGGUGCUAUUGUUGCUGCACUCUUGCUUAGGCUUGUCACUAAUAACAUGAGACCAGCAGGGUUUCAUGUAGGAGCAGGUCUGGGCGAUGGACAUGCGCUACUACUCGAGAUCAUCAUGACAUUUGGGCUAAUGUACACAGUAUAUGCAACAGCAAUUGAUCCAAAAAGAGGCAACAUUGCAGCCAUUGCACCUUUAGCAAUCGGACUCAUUGUUGGUGCAAACAUCCUUGUCGGCGGGCCAUUUGACGGAGCAUGCAUGAACCCUGCUCUUGCUUUUGGCCCUUCUUUGGUAGGCUGGAGAUGGCACUCUCAUUGGAUCUUCUGGGUUGGUCCAUUCAUUGGUGCAGCAUUGGCAUCACUCAUAUAUGAAUUUGUUGUGAUCCCAACAGAACCACCUCAUGCACACCAGCCUCUUGCUGCUGAAGAUUACUAGUCAUCAUCACUUUUGUCUAUCAAUCAAUGUAUGUGUGUGUUAUAAGGGCAUGUUUGUAUUGUAUCAAUUUGUUUUUACCACUUUUCUGUUUCCUAUUAUGUAUUUUAAUAUUCCUACUGCUUUUGGGGUCUCAGAGUAUGUGUAACUGUGUUGUAUUGUGUGCAUCAAAUAUUGAAUAAAAUGAGACAAUUGUCAUUA